UUCUCAGGUUGCGCAACGGGGAAUCCAGUUCGGAUUUCCCUCCCCCCCGGUGCUGCCUACUGAACCUAUCUGAUGGAUAACCCCAACCAAGAGCGGAAGGACUCGGUGAUCAUCCAGCGGAUCGAGCCGGGCCAGUCCCGCCCGCGCAACCCGGACCCGAUCGUGGACUCCGUCACCAUCAAGCGCCGCCAGAGCGACGACCUCCACGGCCACGUCCCGAUCUCCACCCUGCCCUCCGCCAUGAUCUCCACCGUGACCUCCGCCGUGACCUCCGCCCAAGCCGCAGAGUCCGAGAGGCAGCGAUACGCCUCGUCUCCACCGCCCCCACACGCGACCGCCUCGCCCCCGCCCCCGCCGCCUCCACCCCUCGAGCUCGUCCCCGACGACUACAUCUACAUCCCCAAGAAAGAGAACCCCGGCGAAUACGUGCUCGUCGCCAAGAAAGAGGCCGGCGAAUACAUCUACCUCCCCAAGAAGGAGAGCCCCACCGAGUACAUCUACUUCCCGAAGAAAGACAAUCCCGACGAAUACGUCGUCUUCCCCAAGAAGGAGCUCUCCACCGAAUGCAACUACCUCCCCAAGAGAGAAACCCCCUCCGGCUCCAUCCCCUACACCCUCGAAAAGAAAGACAUCGUGGAAGAAUCCCUCCAACAGGCCAUGGUCGCCUCCCCCCACCUCCCCCCCAUGGACGGCCUCCCCCCCUCCGACUCCCUGCAAGACCUCAAGUACACCUACCUCUACGACGGAUCCUACGCCCCCUACGAGCGCCCUCCCACCGACCACUACGAAACCGCCUCCUCCUACACCAACCUCGAAGCCGCCUCCACCUUCAUCCAGGGCUACCUCCCCCCUUCCGACGUCCACCCCUACCCCCCCCAACCCACCUCCUACGACCCCUCCCUCAACCCCAACACCGGCUACACCUACGAAUACCAAACCCCCUCCUACUUCCCCUCCCAAGACUUCACCCCCUACUACAACUCCGUGGGGGGCGAGGGGACCGCCUACGCCCAGCCCUUGGACGGCCCCUACGGCAAGCAGAGGACGGCGAGACCCGAGGAAUUCGCAAUGGGUCGGCUUCCCGUUUCCCUUUCUGAUCGCGCUCGGUCGUUCGAGGAACUGCUUCUAAAAAUAAUUCGAGCCGUUAAUUAUGUCUCAUGACGGAUGUAAAAUAUGUAAAAC